AUGGAGAAGUUUGUUGCUCACCAAAUACAACUAGUAGAAACAGAAAGAAAGAUUGAUGUCGAGGAUACUCAAAAGUUGCUGUCAGCAUACGCACCCAUUCAAUUACAACGUCGAGGAGUAGCUCUUGUUGGUCUCAAAGUGACAGGCAUGCGAACUGGCUUGGGAGGCAAAAGUUUGAUCGACUUGGAGCUGGCUAAUCCAAGCAUUUUACCGCCUAUUUUUCCAGCUCACAAGAUCACCACAGGCGAUAUUGUUGGUUUGGAUGAAUACAAAAAGGACAAGCCCUCCCGGCAAGUUGGAAAAUGGUCUGGUGUUGUUCUGAGAGUGGCAGAUGCCAGAAUUACAGUAGCACUUCAAGAGAUGGAGGAAGAAUUGCCUACAGAAAUUCAGGAACGGUGUCAAAUUGUCAAGCUUGCCAACAGUAUCACGUAUGAAAGAAUGUUGAAAGGAUUGGAGAGACUGCAAAAGAAAUGUGAACAGGGUGGAUCUAGUCUGAUCAAUGUUUUGCUUGGUCAAUCAGACCUUUCCAGAGCAUCGAUACCUACAGAUAUCAGUUUCUUUGAUGAGACACUGAAUGAUUCACAAAAAGAGGCAGUUCGAUUCGCUUUGGGGUCUCCUGAAGUAGCGUUGAUCCAUGGUCCACCUGGUACAGGAAAAACCUACACUUUGGUGGAGAUUAUUCGCCAAUUGUCAGUCAAUCAAAACAAGCGCGUGCUUGUAUGUGGUCCCUCAAAUAUAUCUGUUGACAACCUAGUGGAGAGACUGGCUCAGAAUCGACUCAAUAUAGUGCGAGUAGGCCAUCCAGCAAGAGUAUUGCCUUCUGUCGUCGAUCACACAUUGGACAUUAUUACUCGCACCUGCGAUUCAGGUCAAAUUGUAUCCGAUGUUCGAAAGGAAAUGGACGAAACACUCGCUAAAAUCAACAAGACAAAGAGUCGAGCAGAGAGACGAUCCAUGUAUGGGCUUGUCAAGGAUCUUCGAAAGGAUUAUCGAAUCAGAGAGAAAAAGGUGGUAGACGAGGUAUUGACCAGUGCGCAAGUGACCAUCUCUACGUUGAAUGGUGCUGCGAGCAAGAAUAUGUGGAACCGAGAAUUUGAUGUAGUGAUUAUUGAUGAAGCAACACAAGCAUUGGAAGCGGAAUGUUGGAUUGCCUUACUGAAAGCAAAGAAGGCUAUUUUGGCAGGCGAUCAUCUACAACUGCCUCCAACCAUCAAGACACCCAUCAAGAUGAAUCAGACGAAGAAAGCCAAUAAAGGAGGCCUGUCUACAGAGACUGAUCUAUCCACAACACUGUUUGAUCGGCUUCUCAGCAUGUAUGGUGACAAAGUCAAACGUAUGCUUAUGGUGCAGUACCGUAUGCAUCAAAAAAUCAUGGAAUUCAGCUCAAAAGAGCUCUACGACAACAAGCUCGUCGCUGACAAGAGUGUGGCCAGCCAUUUACUGGUAGAUUUACCCAGUGUUGAAGCAUCUGAGAAUACAGAUAUGCCUUUAGUGAUGAUCGAUACCAGUGAUACAGGCUUAGGACAUGAAAUCACAGACGAUGCUCAGGAAGAGCAGAGUAAAGCAAACGAGCUGGAAGUGGAAUUGGCUUUGAUGCAUAUCCGUGCUUUGAUAGACGAUGGAUUGGAGGAGGAGCAAAUUGGUGUGAUUACACCUUACGCAGCCCAAGUGUCAAAGUUGAAACGAGAUAUCCGUGAGCAUUGGCCUGGCAUUGAAAUUGGUACAGUAGAUGGGUUCCAAGGAAGAGAGAAGGAAGCCAUCUUACUGUCUUUGGUGCGAUCCAACGAUAGGGGAGAAGUGGGGUUCUUGGCUGAAAAGAGACGAUUGAAUGUGGCCAUGACGAGAGCCAAGAGACAUUUAUGCGUGAUUUGUGAUUCAGAGACCUUGUUGGGAACCAAGGGCGGUGCAAAGCCUGCCGCUCGGUUUGAUGGCGGAUUCCUCAAGCGAUGGAUAGAGUAUUUAAGCGAGGAAUCUGACUUGAGAUUUAGUGAAUUUGUCACAAUGUAA